AUGGCGAAUCAAGGCGGUGGGGGACUGAUGAUGUUGAAAUUCGGGGAGAACGCGUCGAACGCAAGCUGGUUAGUGGAUAUUGGCGACGAGAAGUUCGUGAGCUUGGAGUUCCGAAAGGCCUUACGCUACUAUGGUAUGGCUUGCAAAACUGCACCGGAUUGUGGAUCUUACCGGUGUAAGAAGGCAUUUGGACAUCUCGCGCUUGGUGAAUUCGGAGAUGCGGUGACGGAAUUGGCCCCUGUAGCCACAUCGAUGGUUUUCAACGACGAGAGGGCAAGCUGCCUUUACAACCUCGCCUGCACACUUCUGAUUCUAUCGUUCUUGUGCUACUUUCCUUUCUUGUUUCUUAUUUCUGAAAAGAAUGAUGAAUUGAUGAUGCUCAAGAAGAUGCGGCUUUCUCCCAUUUUUUCAUCCAAGAUGUUCUCCAAGGACUUGCUUGGGGAAAUUUUAAGAAGACUUCCAGUGAAAGAGCUGAUGCGUUUCAAAUGCGUGUGCCGAACUUGGUUAUCAGUUAUUACGAAUCCAUUGUUUACCAAGGCCUACUCUGGUGGUUCUCGAGGUCUCCUCUUCAUCGAGCCCUCCUCGUGGCAGAAACUUCAAUGCUAUGGCUUUUUGCAUCGUAUCAUCUUUAAUGGUGGUGGUAAUAGUGUGAUCACCACUCAAAUUAUUCCUAACCAUAUUGUGUGGGCCGGCCAUUGGGUCCGAUGGAAAGGAUAUACAAACAUUGUGGAUGGUCUAAUAUGUUUUUAUCGCGGCAAGCAUUCUUGGUUGUAUAACAUUACAACCCGCGAGAUGGUCCAACUUCCUGAUUCGACUCAACAUGCUGAAGAAGAAAAUGUGUCUUGUGACAAAUACCAUUUUGGUUUCGAUCCUGUUAACAAACUAUACAAGUUGCUCAGGGUGUACCCCAACAGCGCGGAGCUUUUGACAAUCGGAAAAGAUUUUGCCUGGAGAAACAUCGAUUCCCAUCCGCCUGAGAUAGUAGAAUCUCAAAGCGUGUGCUUAGAUGGUGUUCUUUGUUGGAUGGACGAAUGUGGUCCACAAAUUACGGCAUUUGAUCUUGCUAUAGAGAAGUUUAUUUUUAUUCCUCCACCGGAUCAUGAUGAUGAUAAGUUUUUCCGCCCGUAUUGGAAGCUAAUAAACUUCGGGCAGAGUAUUAUUCUAACGAAACCUGGUUUUCUUCCGCACAUCAUGCGUUACUGCCGAUCUCACGAUGAUGGCGAUGGCACAGAGAAGAGAGGAUUUUGGGUUGAAGAGGAGGUAAGGGAUCUUUCCAGUAUAAGUAACCCUAUGGUCCUCGGAGAACUUCCCAAUGGAAAGAUGCUAAUAUAUAAUCAUUGGCUUCCCUGUCCAUCUACCCUUUACUUUGUCGACCCAUCCAAGAGACAGUGGGAAGAAGCGGAGGUUAGCCACACUUGGGAACAACUUAGAAGGUGUGGUUGUAGAGAUUUACGCUUCGGAAAUUGGUUCUAUUUUGAGGACAACAUCAUUUCGCUCACUCAGUUGACAUCUAGCAACAGAAAGGUUGUCAUUGGUGGCUAUGAUGAUGACGAUGACGACCAGUUUCUUAUUAAGGAUACUGAAAUAAGGAUUGUGAUUUAG